CCAGGGUUCCUUGCGGCACCGCCGGACGUCUGAAGAGACAACAGCUUGUUCGCCUACCGCUCGGCAUCUUUUCCCCGCGACGGAUCCUGAGAAGACAGGAAGAGAAGAAAGGAAGAGAAGAUAGGAAGAAGGGAAAAAGAGGACGAUGGCGGUCGCGGCUGAGGGAGGUUUGUGCGGCGUGAAGGUGAUGUGUCGCUUCCGGCCGCUGAACGACGCGGAGCUCGGCCGCGGGGACAAAUCCAUCCCCAAAUUCAGCGGCGACGACACGGUGGUGGUGUCGGGGAAGCCGUACGUAUUUGACAGAGUUCUCCCGCCCAACAGCGAGCAGCCGCAGGUCUACGAAAUGUGCGCCCGCCACAUCGUCAAAGAUGUGUUGGGCGGUUACAACGGAACCAUCUUUGCGUACGGUCAAACGUCUUCAGGAAAAACGCACACGAUGGAGGGUCAGCUACACGACUGCCGGCUGAUGGGAAUCAUUCCCCGUAUCGCCACAGACAUCUUUGACCACAUCUACUCCAUGAACGAGAACCUGGAAUUCCAUAUCAAGGUCUCUUAUUUUGAAAUCUAUUUGGAUAAAAUCCGAGACUUGCUGGAUGUGUCAAAGACCAACCUGGCUGUUCAUGAGGAUAAAAACAGAGUUCCCUUUGUGAAGGGCUGCACGGAGCGUUUUGUGUCCAGUCCGGAGGAGAUCAUGGACGUCAUCGACGAAGGGAAAUCCAACCGGCACGUCGCCGUUACAAACAUGAACGAGCACAGCUCGCGCAGCCACUGCAUUUUCCUCAUCAGCAUCAAGCAGGAGAACGUGGAGACCGAGACCAAGCUGUCGGGCAAACUUUACCUGGUUGACCUGGCGGGCAGCGAGAAGGUGAGUAAGACUGGAGCUGAAGGAGCCGUUCUGGAUGAAGCCAAGAACAUCAACAAGUCUCUGUCGGCUCUUGGCAACGUCAUUGCGGCUCUGAGCGAGGGAAAGAAAAGUCACGUUCCAUACAGAGACAGUAAAAUGACCCGAAUCCUGCAAGACUCCCUGGGAGGCAACUGCCGAACCACCAUCAUCAUCUGCUGCUCGCCAUCCGUCUAUAACGAGGCUGAAACUAAGUCCACCCUCAUGUUUGGACAGAGGGCAAAAACCAUCAAGAACUCUGUGUCCGUCAACCUGGAGCUGACUGCUGAGGAAUGGAAGAAGAAGUACGAGAAAGAGAAGGAGAAGACUCGAAGUCUGACCGUCACAGUACAGAAGCAGGAGAACGAACUGAAACGCUGGAGGAAAGGUGAUUCAGUACCUUUGGAGGAGCAGAACAGAAGCAAGAAGAGCAGUGGUGAGGAAGUGAUGGACAGCUUGGCCCCAGCGGUCGUUCCCCUGUCAAAUGAGGAGAAAAUGCAAUACGAGACACUUAUCACUCAGCUGUACCAUCAGCUGGAUGACAAAGAUGAAGAACUCAACCAUCAGAGUCAGUCCAUAGAGAAUCUGAAGCAGCAGCUCCUGGAUCAGGAGGAGCUGUUGGCGUCGAAGCACCAGGCCUACCAGCGUCUCCAGGAGGAAAUGUCACGGGUGCAGAAGGACAAUGGCUCGGCCAAAGACGAAGUCAAGGAGAUUCUUCAGGCAUUGGAGGAACUCGCGGUCAACUAUGACCAGAAGAGCCAGGAAGUGGAGAACAAGAGUCGCUGCAACCAACAACUGAAUGAGGAACUUGCCCACAAAACUGUCAGUCUGGAGACAGUCCAGAGGGAACUGGUGGCUCUGCAGGAUCUCAGCUAUCAUCACAAAAAAAGGUCAGCAGACAUGCUCAGUCUGUUGCUCAGAGACCUCAGCGACAUCGGCGCUGCUCUUGGCACCACCGAGCUCAAAGCUAUGACAGAAACGAGUGGAAUGAUGGAGGACGAGUUCACAACAGCUCGUCUGUACGUCACGAAGACCAAGUCUGAGGUGAAAUCUCUGGCGAGUCGGAGUAAACAGAUGGAGGCCAGCCUGGCACAGAACAUCAACAAACUAGAAGCCAAUGACAAGGAGCUCCUUUCAAGGCACUUCACCAUCUCACAGCUGGAGGUGAAGAUGUCGUCGCUGAUAGAAGACCUCCACAAGAUGGAGCUCACCAAACGACAGCUGGAGGAAAGUCAAGAUGCUCUCAUGGAGGAAGUGGCCAAGCUCCGGGCUCAAGAUCAAUUACAGCAGGUGAGCGUGAUGGACAAAGAGAAGGAACACCUGAGUCGCCUGAAAGAUGCUGUGGACAUGAAGAGAACACUGGAGGAACAGAUGGAGAACCACAGAGAGGUCCAUCAAAAGCACUUGUCCCGCCUCCGGGACGAGAUCGAGCAGAAGCAGAGAAUCAACGAGCAGCUCAGAGAUUUGAACGAGACCCUGCAGCUGGACGUCAGGAGGCUUCAAGCAGACCUGGACAAAGUGAGAGGUGAAGAGCGCAGCAAAGACGAGAAGCUCCAACAACUGCUAUCCCUGCAGGAGAAGAGACGGCAAGCCAAGGAGGACCUUCAGGGCCUGGAGGAGACUGUGCUCAAAGAGCUCCAGACCCUCAGCAGCCUGAGAAAGAUCUUCAUCCAGGACAUCAGCAGCCACUUCAGCUGUCCUGACAGUGAAGGCGAUGAUGGCGGCGGCAGUCUGGCUCAGAGGCAAAGAAUCAUCUUCUUAGAAAACACCUUGGAGCAGCUGAGUAAAGUCCAUAAGCAGCUUGUGGGUGACAAUGCUGAUCUUCGCUGUGAGCUGCCCAAGUUAGAAAAACGCUUCCGGGCAACCGUGGAAAGAGUGAAAGCUCUGGAGAGUUCCCUGAGGGGCGCCAAGGAGGCGGCUGUGAGGGACCGCAAGCGUUACCAACAGGAAGUGGAGCGCAUCAAAGAAGUGGUCAGAUUCAAGACUACAGCCAGGAGGGCCCACUCUGCUCAAAUCGCCAAACCUGUCAGAGCAGGACAUCAGAGCCAGCAGACACUUUCCAUCAGAGCAGGCGGGGGGCCCUUCAGUCCACGUCUUCACUCCCUGCGACAAACAGGACAUAGUCCCAGCAAGUAGUCCCGUGGUCUUGGUGCUGGUUCCUGCGCUCCACAGAAGAACACCGUCGACCUUUUAAGACCAAACAUUUGAUUUGUACUGUUUUUAUGAAUGAUAAUCAUCAUUUCAUGUAGUCUAUGUUUCAUGUCAAGAUGGACCUAGGAUGAUUGUCCUCCUUUUUCUGACAUAUGAAUGUUACUUUGUUGUACAAAUAUCAUUUGGACGUGAGGUCUUUCUUUUACAAUGUGAUGUCACUUCACGUCAUGUGGACUUUCACGUACCUGCUCUCGGCCCAGCAGGUCUGCUUCAACACCACCGCCGUGUCACCCGCACUCCCACCUGCUGCCGUUAUUUUACACCGUCUGUCAAAGAAAAUAAAUAAAUUGUGAUGCUCAUCUUUAAAAUAAAGUCUGCCUGCUUGUUUCACUUUCUGCAGAGAGACAUCAA